CAUUUGAGCACUCGGGCACUGCCCGAGGGCCCGGGGUCAGUAGGGGGCCCCAUGAAAUGCCUCUGGUACCUUUUAUAGGCUUUUUUUGGGUGUGCUUUGAGUGUGGGCAAGGACAUAGGGGCCCUAUGAUCCCCUAUUGCCUGGGGGCCCCAUGAGUUGUCAGUCCGUCCCUGUACGUAUCAUAACAAACGAACAAUACUAUAAAACUGUAUUAGUAGUCCACCAAUGCAAACUAAACAAAAAC